AUGGAGAAAAUUCUCAAGCCCUACGACCAGGAAUACAUGAGAAUGGCCAUGUUAAAACAUGAAGAAACAUUCAAAGAGCAGGUAUGCGAACUUCAUCGUCUAUAUAGAAUCCAAAAGAUAAUGAUGAGAAACAAUGAAAGCAACAGGCCUAAUGCGAGGAGUCAAGAAAUAUGGCGCUCUAGGCUCUCGAAGAAUGGCUUUAGUUUUAAUCAGACUAAUCAUGCUCGCCAUAUGAAGCAAAAGUCGAUAGUGAAACUUGACUUGGAGAGGCCUGCCGAAGAUUGUGGUGCAGAAUCAAAUGCAGAUAGUGUAUUGGAGCUAAUAGAUGAGAGUGAGAUUCAGCUAACACUUGGACCUUCGAGCUAUAACAGAAGGAAGAAAUGUGAAACACCGCUAACUUCAGAUUCACGACCAAGCCUCUCUUCGACUUCCACUGGAUCCAGCAAUAUAAACAGGGCAAGUUCCUUGACACAUCAAAAGACGAACACCAGAAGAGAAGAAGUAAUUGGCUGUGAACUGGGGCUUUUCGUGGUUCCUGACAGGACCUUGGGGUACCAAAAUGGAAGUAAAAACAGUAUUGGUGUUGAAGAAUUAUUGAGACAGGAGAGAGUAAAACAGCCUGCUUGGCUUUGUCAAGUAUUGAGUCUCAACAUGACUUGA